GCAGUGGGAUUGUUCCCGGAAAUACAUCCCUGCACGUGUAGCAUUUGACAACCUUGAAAAGACUACAAAUACAACUAGCUGGCAGCUUAUGUUUCACCACAGGCAGUACCAGCGAUGCCAGUAACAAGACUACUAUAUCCUCUCUACCAGUUGGGGAACCCUCAGCUGAGGAUCUUCAGACCCAACUGGUUCCUGACUCUGGUGAGGCCGGGAAAAGAGCAGCCUCCGGACACUGUCCAGUUUCGCAUCCCGAUGGUAAUGACCAAGUGUGACGUAAAGAACUACCUGGAGAAGAUCUAUAACGUCCCUGUGGGAACAGUCCGCACCAGGAUACAGUUUGGCUCCAACAAGAAGAGGAAUCACCUGAACCAGAGGGUUAAGCAGCCUGAUUAUAAAGUAGCCUAUGUUCAGCUGGCUCAAGGCCAGACGUUCACCUUUCCUAACAUCUUCCCGGAAAAGGACAACAAGCCGGAGGAGGGCUCCAUGGAGGAGGUGCAGGAGAAGUUCAUGGAGGACGAGAAGCAGAGGCAGAAACUCGACCCCAGGAGAGGAGGGGUCACCGAGUGGUUCGGACUAUGAGACAGCCCACUGACCAGGAACUCUUAUCCACGUAUAUGUGUGCGUGGGUGUUUCAUUGGGAGCAACAUGUAUUGAUUUACAAUGCAACUGUUGUGAUGUCACUUCUAUUUCUGUAAGAAACGCUCACAAGUGUGUAGUAAAGAAGAAUGAGCAUGUGUGUGGGAGACUGGAGACAUGUGUUUUGUGUGUGUGUGAGUUAGCGAGGCUUCAGUCCAGUAACCCGAGCCAGAACAGAAUCGCAGGAGGAGGAGAGUGGCCCGGCUCCAUGUUUCAUGAAACCAGCCCACCGUACAGAAUCUCCAUCACCUCAGAUGACCUCCUCUUCUUCUUCCUCCUACUCUUCCUGUUCCACCUCCUCUUCUUUUCACUCCUCCUUUUUGGGCCCAGUACCUCUGCACCUCCUCUUCUCUUUAUCCCUCCUCUUUCCUCAGGAGUUUCCUUUGCUUUCUCUGUCGUCUGUCUCCUCCAUUGUUCCCCUUUCUUCUCCUUCUCCUACACAGCUCUUCCUCUGCCACACUGGGGAGUGGUAUAGUGUGGUAUCCCUUGUAGCUCUGACUCCCAGCCAGUUGGAUCAGACUACCUGGACAACCCACAUCCUUUCCUCUUUUAUGAGUUUGCCUUGGAUUAAUUGACCACUUUAGGUAAACAACAAUUGAGAUGUUGUUUCAGCAAAGCAACGACAUGGAAUUUGUUGGAGUGUUUUAUUAUUCUGUGGUAGCACCACUUGCCAUAACUCCGAGAGAAGAUUGUACCCUGUGUUUGUGUGUGUGUGUGUGUGUGUGUGUGUGUGUGUGUUUUCCUAACAUAUGGGACUUGCCAGUGAAUCUGUCUAAUUGUAAGUGCUGUUGGAAUAAGAACUAAUAAACGGUCACUUGUCCAAAAGUG